AUGUCAGUUUCAGCUCUAUUGCUGGCAGUUCGAGACAAUACGCUUACGGGCCAUCAGCUCCUAUUCAGCUAUCCUGCAGUACCAGAACGUAAAAAUGCUCCUAGGUCUCGUCCUCGAGCAGCAUCAACAUCAACUGGAAAAGCAAACAACAGAAACAACCAUAAGAGUAACAAGCGUAGUAACGAAGAUGAAGGAAUAUUAGGAUUUGAUGUUGAUUUCCUGUCAUCAGUACUCUCUCCCAAGGCUUCGUUAUGUGAUGCCAAGUUGGAGAUAUCUGUGGACAUGGUGACUUUUGUAGCUCAAUCUACGUUAUUGACUAGUGGUGGUGUCUCGCAUGAGUCUUCAUCAAACAUCAACCAAGAUGAUGUAUCCGCAGCAUCAGUAUCAGAUGGUGAAGCAUCACCCAACGAAACUAGGCUGACAAUGUUCACCUUGGCCUUUGCUAUGGAAGCAGACGAUCCUAUGUCAUUCGGACGACAAGUUGCUGCUGCCCAUCGAGUCAUAUCCAAAGUCGCAAUGGCAUUAAAGGAAGAACAACUCAAGAAUGAUUACGUAUUGCAUGAAAUGGAAAUCAUUCUUGGGAUACGUGAGACGUUUGAUGAUAAUCCCGAAGAACAAGUUAAAGAAAUGAUUAAAAAGAGCUCCUUGGCUAAAGCUCUCGCUGAUGUAUAUACCUCCUACACGUCAUCAGACGCAUCAUCAUAUCCACCACAGGGUCUAAGACCAUAUCAUGCUCUACUAUUAUUACAUGAUCCCGAAGAGAUAUUAGCAGAUCUCCCACCACCAGGAGUAUUGCAAAGUCUCUAUCCACGUGAACUCGCAAAUCUAAUACCACUCGUUACACCAACACAAUCAUUUGCUGAAUUAUCUGACAAGUCAAGAUAUAGUAUGGAAGUGCUGUAUUUGCUAGCUGGGCAUUUGAUAUUUUGGAGGAAGGCUAGGAUUAUUGAUGCGAUUAAUUUGAAGAAUAUCUAUGUGUUAUCGAGUCAAGCGGGAAUGGACGCAAAUCUGUUUAAAGAAAGUAGAGCCCGUUUCCCUAGAUUGGAUGUCCUCAAAUUCUUAAGUGAUUUAUCCUUCCCCCGACCAUUAUCUCAGGUCGUACCUGCCAAGGAACAGCAAGCUAUGCAUUUAGAGUUAGUAACUUACCUGUUGAGGCGAGGGCUGUUACGUCAGCUACACCUAUAUCUGAAUCUGCUUCCAAGCAGUCAGGAUAUUAAUCGCUCCGAUUAUGCUAGGAUGAUUGCCCGUACACUACGACCAUCCUUCAUCCCAAUGUUUGAGCAACUAGUUCAUUACAUGGAUGGGAAGCAUCACUUGGAAGAGGUCGUGUUUCUGGAGAGUCUGUCUCGACGGGAUAUCAAGAAAUUCCUAGCGGCAGUCCCCGAAGUCAUCACCAUAUUGCACUAG